UAAAAGAGAUGCGGUGAAAUUUUGUGUAUGUGGGUCGGGUUAGCAGGGGGUUCUCCCGCAACAUAUAUUUCAUUCCCGCCUUCAUUUUGAAAAUUCACCGCUUUUUCCUAUCCCUCCCUCCUAGGGUUUCGCCAAAUCAAAUGAGUGGUCCAAUGGAAAUCUCGAUGGUCAACAACACCAGCGAACAAAACGGUGUUGUUCCCUCACUCACAUUACCAUUGCCAUUGCCUGAUGAUAAAGUUGUCGUUUCCGUUGAAGUUUGCUUGAAGCCUUCAAGUACAGCUCGCAUUGAUGAUGUUAGGUUAGCUGUUGAGAGAAUGCUGGAAAAGAGGAGUAUGAGCUAUGCGGAUGGUCCAAUUCCAAUUCCAAUUGCUGAUCUCUUUCUUGCUGAAAAUGUGCAGCACAUGAGUGUGUGUGACACAGAUGUCUGGCUGGAGAACCGAGAUAUCCUUUUGUUCUGGCAAGUAAAGCCAGUCGUUCAUGUAUUUCAGCUUAGCGAGGAAGGACCAUGCGAAGAAUUAAGUGGGGAUGGCCAGCUUUCUACAUUUAAUGAAUGGGUUCUUCCUGCAAAAGAAUUUGAUGGAAUGUGGGAAAGCUUAAUAUACGAAUCUGGUCUCAAGCAGAGAUUGUUGCGAUAUGCUGCAAGUGCUUUGCUUUUCACUGAAAAGGGAGUUAACUCAUUCCUAGUAUCCUGGAAUCGCAUUAUUCUUCUGCAUGGACCUCCAGGAACAGGAAAGACAUCUUUAUGCAAAGCAUUGGCGCAAAAACUUUCCAUACGUUUUAGCUUUAGAUACCCACAAAGCCAACUGGUUGAAGUCAAUGCCCAUUCAUUGUUCAGUAAAUGGUUUUCUGAAAGUGGCAAGCUGGUUGCGAAGCUGUUCUCGAAAAUCCAAGAAAUGGUAGAGGAAGAAAACAAUCUGGUAUUUGUUUUGAUUGAUGAAGUUGAAAGCCUCGCUGCUGCUAGAAAAGCUGCUAUGUCUGGCUCUGAACCUUCAGAUUCUAUCAGGGUAGUGAACGCUUUGCUGACCCAGCUUGACAAGUUGAAGUCCGCGCCAAACGUCAUAAUACUGACUACGUCCAAUAUCACUGCUGCUAUUGAUAUAGCUUUUGUGGAUCGUGCUGAUAUUAAGGCAUAUAUUGGACCACCAACUCGUCAAGCACGUUAUGAGAUACUGCGAUCAUGCUUGCAAGAGCUAUUGCGUACUGGAAUUUUGUCAAAUUCGCAGGUACUGGAUGGAGAUCAUCUUGUUCUCCCAAAUUUUGCUAAUUUGAAGGAGAACUUGAGCGAAGUAGUUUCAACUGAGUCUCAAAUGUCGCUACAUCUUGGUAAACAAUUGCUUGAAGCUGCAGAGGCAUGUGAGGGUAUGAGUGGAAGAUCACUUAGAAAGCUACCAUUCUUGGCACAUGCUGCACUUGCUAAUCCUUACAGUUGUGAACCUGGCAAGUUUUUGCAUGUGAUGAUGCAAACAGCUAAAGGAGAACGUUCAGAGCUGUCCGAGUGAAUUUUUGCCAUUCAAUGUCAAAAUUCUUCUGUUACUAACCCUGUUACCAAGCUCAACUGUAGAGCAAAUGGAUGACUAGCACCGAUAAAAUGCCGAGAAUUAUCAUAUGGUUACCUGAGCCUGACAGAAACAAGCUCUUUAUUAUCUCUUCGGGAAAAGUGGAAGGGUUUCGGGCAAUGUGAAUUGUGUAACAGCGAUACAUUUGAAAGUUAUUACAUCAAUGAUAGGCAUUCUUGCAUGUUGCAACAUCAAUUGCGCUACGAGUUGCAUAUAUGAAAGUUAAGCUGAUUUAUGCGA